AUGAAGGUUUUCGGUCCUUCCGGCCUAUGGGCCUUGUCUCUUCUCUGCUCUAGCUCGUCUGGAGCUCCUCUCGACGCAGGCCACCCACAAGCUGGAAUCAGUUACUUCAACAACAACACCGUGUUUCAGGCUCCGCCCAACUACACAGUCCCGGGUACACUAUACGCGCGGACCGUCCAACUGGCGGAUCUGUCUUUCCUGGCUACGUGGGAGAACUACUCGCCCGAACCGCCAUCGGUCUACUUCCCCAUCUAUCGGUCGACCGACUUUGGCAAGACAUGGAGCGAGCUGUCUCGUGUCCAGGACACCUCCGGCAACAACUAUGGCAUGCGUUACCAGCCGUUCCUGUACGUUCUGCCACAAGACUGGUCGACCUGGAAAGCCGGCACGGUCUUCUUGGCCGGUAGUUCGAUUCCGACGGACCUGAGCUCGACGGACAUCCAGUUGUACGCGUCAACAGACAGUGGCGUCUCAUGGCAAUUCGUCAGCAGCAUUGCGAAAGGAGGUGAAGCCGUGCCGGAUAACGGACUGACUCCGGUCUGGGAACCGUUCCUCAUGCUGUACAAUGACAUGUUGGUCUGCUAUUACUCUGACCAGAGAGACCCGGCUCAUGGGCAGAAACUCGUGCAUCAGACUACCACUGACGGAAAAGCUUGGAGCGAUGUCGUCGACGACGUCGCAUAUUCCAAUUACACGGACAGGCCGGGCAUGCCCGUUGUCGCUCAGAUGGGCAAAGGCUCCAGCGCGACAUACAUCAUGACAUACGAGUAUGGUGGAGGCCCAGUCGAUGGCGUCUUGCCUGUGAACUACACUUUCCCGGUUUUCUACAAGAUCAGCAGUGAUCCGACAGCGUUCCGGGCCGUUGAGGGCCAGCCGAUUGUCACCAACGACGAGUCUCGAACGGUCCCAGUGAGCAGUCCAUACGUGAUCUACGAUGAGAAGGAGGACAUGAUCAUCGUCAGUUGUGGGACUUUGAGCGAUGUCUUUGUCAAUCAUGCCGGAGGAGAUGUUGGAGCUUGGGAGAGCCGAACGACAGGCGAGAGGGUCAGUUACACCCGAAGCUUAAGGAUCAUCUACGAUCAGAGCUGGGAACGAGCGUUGCUUCUCGCGGGCGGUGGUAAGUUACCGCCGAGCGAAGGUAAUGAAGUCACUGUGGGCGUCGUUGACAUCCAGGGAUGGUAG